AUGGGUGUUGGCCCUGGUGCCCUCAGUACUGCUGCUUCACUUGCAGCCGAGGACCUCUACAGUCAAGGUGUUAUCACUGUGGCUUCAUUCCGUCCUUAUUUUGGACUCUCAGUUCCCAGCCCUGAGACGGAAAAGAUUAUCAGCUCUGGAGUUCUACGCGGAGAGAAUGCUCGCAUUCAACUUCAGCUUGCUCUCGGUGCAGGUUACGACUUCGAGGGCAUCCAGAAACUUUUUGAGGGCGAAGUUAGAAAUGCCGUGUACAAUGAUGCCACUGCUUUCUUCAAUGGCACAAUUUUGUGA